AGCAUUGUAUCAUUUGUUUGCUUAAUGAAUAAAAGCUACAUAACAGAUUGGCCACUUGGGAUCUUUUUGUGGUUCCUACUGAUAUUUAUGCAAAUCUGUUAUAUGCUGACAUUUAUUUCUAGAUACUGUUUAAAAUUCCCAAAAGAUAUAUUUUAUUUUACUUUUUGAAAAAGAAUAAAAUAAAAUCCUGAGCGUGUUAAUGUGAAAAGAAUAUGCACGUCCAUGCGUUAUCUGUCAUAAUUGAAUUAGCCACCAGCAUGUUUCUCAUGUAUCUUUUUAUGAGAUUUUGUUCUUUUGCCUGUAGUUCUGUUGGAUGGGCACUCCAGAAAAUCAGCUAAGCUAAUGAAUAGGACUAUGAAGCAGUCGAUACAGAAACGAGAUGACACGCCUUUGCAUUUUGCGGUUAGGACUCAAAAUCUGGAAUUGGCUUUGGAGAUACUGGCUAAGAGUGAAGAUAUAGAAUUGAAGGAGUUGAUGUGCAAGCAAAAUUAUUCCGGUGAAACUGCCCUUUAUGUUGCCGCUGAGUAUGGAUAUGUCGAUUUUGUGAAAGAGAUGAUCAAGUAUUAUGAUAUUGCGGAUGCCAGUAUCAAAGCUAGGAAUGGCUCUGACGCUUUCCAUAUAGCUGCUAAACAAGGAAAUCUAGAGGUGGUAAAGAUUCUGAUGGACGCUCUUCCGGAGCUUUCUAUGACUUUUGAUCAAUCCAACACCACCGCACUGCACAGUGCUGCAGCACAAGGUCACACUGAAGUUGUUAAAUUUCUUAUGGAGAAAAAUAGCAACUUGGUCACCGUAGGAAAAAGCAACAAGAAGACAGCCUUGCAUUCAGCCGCGAGAAAUGAACACUUGGAGGUAGUAAAAGUCCUGCUGAGCAAAGAAACUGAGAUUGCUUUGAUGACUGACAAGAAGGGACAGACAGCUUUACAUAUGGCUGUCAAGGGACAGAGUGUUGAGGUGGUUAAUGAGCUUAUAUCUUCGAAACCUGAUCUGAUCAAUAUGGCUGAUAACAAGGGAAACACCCCAUUGCAUAUGGCAACCCGGAAAGGUCGGACAAAGAUUAUCCGCGCACUAUUAAGUCACAAAGAAAUCUUGGACAAAAAAGCCUUGAAUAAAUCUGGAGAAAGUGCUUUUGAUACUGCUGAAAAAACCAGUAAUUCAGAGAUUGCAAGUAUCCUACGAGAGUAUGGGGUCCAAAGUGCGAAAACUAUGAAGUUAAAACCAGCACCAGCACCAACUACUGCCAAGGAAUUGAAACAAACAGUAAGUGAUAUUAAACAUGAGGUUCACUAUCAGAUUGAGCACACGCGACAAACAAGGAAACAGAUGAAAGGAAUCGGCAAGCAGAUCAACAAAAUGCAGUUAGAAGGGCUCAACAACGCGAUAAACUCCACCACAGUUGUUGCUGUUUUAAUAGCCACUGUUGCAUUUGCUGCUAUAUUUACGGUCCCUGGCCAGUAUGUUGAUGACCCUAAAGAAGCCACUCAAGAAAAAAUUCUUGGGGAGGCGAAUAUUGCUCCAAAACCCCAGUUCACAAUUUUCCUUAUAUCCGACUCCCUUGCACUAUUUAUAUCCUUGGCUGUUGUGGUGGUUCAGACUUCCAUUGUAGUCGUCGAAAAGAAGGGGAAAAAGCAAAUGAUGGCAAUUAUCAACAAGCUCAUGUGGUUGGCUUGUGUCUCUAUAUCAGUGGCAUUUCUUGCGCUUUCUUUUAUUGUUGUAGGAGAGGAUCAACGGUGGCUAGCAGUGGCAGUAACAGUAAUAGGCACAUUGAUCCUGGCCACAACGCUGGGGACGAUGAUUUACUGGGUUAUUUUAAAUCGCAUUGAGGCUUCCAACUUGAGGAGUAUUCGCAGAUCUGCAAGGAGUAGCAAGUCUCAAUCAUUUUCACAACAUUACACUCUAUCGGAUUCAGAAAACAACGAUUACAAGAAUCUUUAUGCAAUAUAAUUAUGCCACAGCUUACAGGCCAGUUCCGUUUUUCUUUUGCAAAAUCAUACAUGCAUAUCUUGACGAAGAUUGCUGGAAAUUUUUGUACUGAAAUUGUCAUUUAGCUUUUGUAUAUCAAUUUUAUGGAAUCGGCAUUUGGCUUUA